UCAAUUUAGCCCCAUAGCGACUUUCUACUGCGCUCUUGACUUAGUUUCUAGCUUUCACAAGGGUUUUAUGCUCUGUGCUUUCUCCCGGUCUCACCAAAUAGUUUUCUUUCGAUACCGAAUUAGAGAUGGCUGAUGAGAAACACUCUGCCUUCAAACCAAUAAUCACUCAAUUUCAACAAGAAACCACCACUUUGCAGUUACGAGAAGAGCAAGAACAGGUCGCUUCUCUCUCUUCUGUUGCCCCACAAGAGUCAGUGCAGUACUCUGAUGAUACUUCUUUACCCCCAAGACAAGAAGACUCUUUAACCAUGGAGGCGGGUUGCAGUUGCUUCAAGAAGGAGGCAUGUUUUUGUGGUAAAGAUGAAUGUGAGAGUGGUAUUGACUUUACUGAAGAAAAACAUGAACUUAGUGAAGAAUUGUUGGGCUGUAUUGACGAUAAGGUCACUUCUUGUGAUUUAGUUUCUGGGUUCUCUAGUUUGGAAGAAAAGUGGGCGGUUUGUGAGAAAAAAGUGAAAGCUUUUGGUGUGGAAGUUGAAGAAUCAGAGAAUAGUGAAAUGGGCUGUGUUGCUGAUUUUGAAAAGAGUCUGAAAGAUUCUGUGAAACUUGAAGUGGGUUCCUCUGGAAUUCAAGAAUGUAAUGAAGUCAAUGAAAAGAAGGAGCCUGACGUUGGAGGUGAGAUAGUUUCUCAAUUUUCUGGAUGUGAAGGCAACGGGUUGGUUUUUGAUGGAAAGAUGCAAACUUCUGGUAUGGAAGUUGAAGAAACAGGGAAUAGCGAGGUGGGUUGUGUCGCUGAUUUUGAAAGGACUUGGAAAGAUUCUGUGAAACUUCAUGUGUGUUGUCCUGGAGUUAAAGAAUGUGAUAAGUUCAAUGAAGAGAAGGGCUCUGAGGUUAAAGUUGAGAUGAGUUCUGUUUUGGAAGGUGACUAUGAAGAUGGAAAAGAGAAGAAAUCCGAGGCUUUGUUGGAGGCCAAGAAAAAGCAGUUAUUGGCUGAACUGGAAGUUUCAUGUCUGGCAAGUCAAGAAGUUUACAAACUAGGGCAAAAUAAUGGUGUGAAGAUUAAUAGUGCAAGUGUAAGUGAUGUGAGUGGUAGGCCUUCUCUCAAGAUUGAAGUCGUUGAUACAGCAUUGAUUGAAACUGUUAGGGUACCUAAAAUGAUAGAGAGGAACAUGAACAAAGGGGAAAAGGAGCAAGAAGUGGAUGGAAAGAAGGCGAGAAGAUUGAGAAGGAAGGCUAAAGAUGUGAAAAAGGCUUUGGAGAUUAGUGAAAAGGUCAAGAAUUUAACUGGUAAUUUGGAUGAUCAAAAUGGUGGUUUAAAGAAUGGAAAACAGGAAAAAAUUAUGUACUCCAGGAAGGAGAUGGAGGCUUUGAGGUUUGUUAGCGUUGUUGAACAGCGAAAAAUGUGGAGGGACAUAUACACUGGACUUGGACCUGUGGUCAUGACUGAGUAUGAUGACCUGGCUAGCUCCAAGCAGCAGAAGCACAUUCUCUUGAAUUUUGAUCCUCGGCAGAACCUUUCCAGGAAGCCAGAGGCAGAUGGGAUUCUUGGGGAAGAGUGUUCACCAAAUGUGGAUAAUGAAUCAGUAUACACAGACGAGUGCGGUGCAAAUGGGGAUAACCUGAAUGCUGGUUUUAGUACCAUUACUGAGGGUGAAGGUUCAUGUAUGGUUCAACAAGGAGAGUGCAGUGAAGAUUCUGACAGUGACGAAGACUAUUCUAGCAUUCAGAGACCUGCAUUUUUGGUUGAAGGUGAGCCUGAUUUUGAUUCUGGACCUCCAGAAGAUGGAUUAGAAUAUCUUCGGCGUGUCAGGUGGGAAGCUGCUCACAUUCCAAAAGUGAAGGUGGCAAAGCGUGAUCGAAGCAAGCCUUCUAAAGAACAGAGUGUUUAUAUGCCCCAGAUUCCUGAUAUCCCAUGCUGUCCAGAACAUUUAAUGCCUUUGAAAGAAUGGGAGGAUUUGUUUCUUGCUGACUUUUCAAAUCUACGACAGGUUGUGUCAGCUAUUGAGAAUCCAGGCUCUCAACUUGCUGGUAAACUGCAAGAGAUGAUUGUUUUUCACCAGAAGAAUGAAUCCUGUCAGCUCUCUGAAACUGACGAACUUCUUUCCUGUCAGUCUGUUGAUAGUUUCAGCCAUGAAAUUACUGCUGUCGAGCGAUCUAUGUUAAAAUCUGAGGAAGAUGAAAUUUCUCCGUGCCAUCAAAAUCCUAUAACUUCUCAGAAUGAUGAUUCUAUCAACCUCCCUACAUUGUCUGCAAUUCUAAAGAUGGAUUCGGUAGUGCGAGUAUCAAUGCUGAGAAAACGCAUAGUGUCUAUAGAGUCAUUGAGUGCAUUGUCCUGGACUGAUAGUGUGUGGCUAUAUUCAUUGUGCGCAGCAGUGGAUAUUCCGCUUGAUGCUGACACUUCUGCUGCUCUCCGGAGUCUUCUCCGGAAAUGUGCCAGUCUGCGAGCUGGGAAGUCCGAACUGGAUGAUGAAGUUGUAAUGCUGAAUAUCUUGGCCACAAUUUCUGGCCGAUAUUUUGGGCAAGCUGAAGAUUGAAGAUUCAUUCAUGACUGUAGGCAAUGAAACUUUUUCUAUAUAUUACAUAUUUUCCUCAGAUUGUAAGCGAAAUCCAUGAGAAUUUUGGUUGAGUCUCUCCACUUGUUGCUUGUGUUCUUGGGACACUUUGAACUAUUGGUGAUUUGGGUUGAAGAUUAUUUUUGUUAAAAUUAUCAAUAGUGUAAUUAUUAAUUGUAACAAAGGUAUGUUUAAAGGACGUUAUGAUUAUUUUCU